AUGUCGAAGAUUGAUACUCAUCAUCACUUUGUGCCGCAGUUCUAUGCCGAAGCGGUUGAAAAUGCGGGAGGUGACCCCUCCGGCUGGCCAACUCCCAAAUGGAGCGCUGAAGCAUCAUUGGCUUCUAUGAACAAGAAUGGCACACAGAAAGCGAUCUUGUCUCUAACAGCUCCCGGAGCUGUCAUCGCCCCGGACGACAGCAGCCGACGCAACUUGGCCCGACAGGCAAACGAAUAUGCGGCUCACUUGAGGGAUGAGCAACCCGAGAGAUUCGGAUUCUUCGCGGCAUUGCCAUGUCUGCUAGACACUGAGGGCGCAUUGGAAGAGAUUCGGUAUAGUCUAGACAUACUCAAAGCCGAGGGUGUCACUCUUUUCACUAGAUACGGCACCGGAAAUCACUACCUGGGUCAUCCGGACUUUCGCCCCAUCUGGGAGGAUCUCAACCGUCGCAAAGCCGUUGUGUUUAUUCACCCAACCCAUCCGGUUGAUACCAACCGCGUCAACCCCCAAUUACCUCAACCGGCUAUUGAUUAUCCUCAUGAAACCACCCGCACUGCCGUGGACCUUCUCACUACGGGAACAAAAGCGGCCUUUCCGGACUGCAAGAUUAUCCUUUCUCACGCCGGUGGCACCCUUCCCUACCUGAUCUCCCGCCUAACCACCGUCACCAAAGACCCUGAAAUGGAGUACAAACCCUAUGAGCGCGGCCCAAACGAGAUGGUUGAAGACUUCAAAUCAUUUUACUUUGACCUCGCUCUUUCCAGUUCGCCGGCAGUGCUGACUCUUCUGCUGAGCCUCGUGCCUCAUGAUCACAUUGUAUACGGUUCCGACUUUCCUUACGCUAACAACAAUAAAAUUGCUGGGUUCAAGGAGGCUUUGGACGAAUACCCACUGGAUCAAGAAUUGAGGGACCGUAUCUACUAUGCAAAUGCCCAGAAACUUCUUUCUCGUUAUUGA